AUGAUUGUACUGGAUACCGGUAAUGCUGAGAAGAAAGCAGUAGAUACGCCUUUAUCAGCGCUCGGUCGACGACACUCUCCUUCCUCCGAUACCAGCUCUCCUCCAUCCACUUCGGCAUCUUCUCCGGCAGUCCCAGCCCAGCCGUGGCCCCUGGUGGUGCAUGAGCCGUUCGAGGCAUUGGCAGCUGAUCCCGACCUGCCGUUGUGUGCGCCCUACAACAAACUGCUAUAUUAUCUUUUCCCGGCGGAUAUCAACUUCCUCGUUGCCCCCGGGCCUUAUCCACCCCUUCCUAACACUGAAACCGACGCUAUCUCGGCGCCCUUCGUGUUCACUGUCUUCUACAAAACACAUCCUGUCCUCCUACUUCACGUCCAUCCGGCGCACGGGCUCCGCUGGGCAUCCGCACGCAUGUCAGCCGACGCACUCUGCCGCCGCCGGCUGAAUGAUCUGGCUCCCGAUUGCCGCCUGCCGAAGCUGUACGCCCUCAGCACGUUCGGGACCAAACUCCGGUUCUACGCAGCGACCAAAGUAGUGACCGCCGUACCUACCAGUCCGACCGGAAUUUCUUCCGCUGUAAUUUCAUCGAGGGUUGCAAGGACGAUCUCUUGUCCGGCAGUACAGAUCGAUCCUCCGCUUCCGCCCCCCGUCGCAGGAUCGGAUGUGGCGCCUCCAAGUAGAUGGAAUUGCGACGUUUUGGAAGAGGCGGGUGCGAAUCUGUUGAAACAGUCCGUCGCGGAGAUAAUCGCGCGCAUAUAUCUAACUGACGCGUAUUCAACAAUUGAUGUAAAGAACAAGUGUGCUGACUGAUCACCGUGACAUCAUGAGAACAGUGGUCUUCUUUGCGAGCUGCUCCCUGGAUCUUUGCUCGACCGCUUCUCCCUUUAUCGCCCGCUCUGAGUGCUACUUCAAGACAGCUCAUUUUCGACAGAGGCUGACCUGUCUUACUUUCCGUGGUGUCUGAUCCGCCCGCCGCUAUGAAAAUCUUUGGUCCAAAACUUCCCGAUGAGCGGCGAAAGUCGAAACCUGAGCGACACCCUCAAGACUUCCAUUGCUUGGUACAAUGCGGCUAAUCCUUGACUUAAAGGGCUGCCGAACCUCCAGGUCAC